AAGUUAGACAACACAGAAAGGAAAACCAAAAAAAAUAAAAAUGGAAAAGGUCAAGAACCAAAAGCAUUUUGUUCUUGUACACGGGGCAUGUCAUGGAGCUUGGUGUUGGUACAAGCUCAAGCCACUGCUCGAGUCCUCAGGCCACCAGGUCACGGCGCUCGACAUGGCGGCUUCUGGCAUCCACAUGAAAGCUAUUCAAGAAGUUCAGACACUUCAUGCAUACACUGAACCUUUGCUGGAUUUCUUGGCCAAAUUGCCAAGAAAUGAAAAGGUUAUACUUGUCGGACAUAGCCUUGGUGGCUUUAAUCUAGCUGUUGCCACGGAUCAAUUUCCUGAAAAGAUUGCUGUUGCUGUCUACUUAACGGCAUUUAUGCCAGAUACUGAUCACCGCCCAUCUUUUGUCUUGGACGAGUAUAACAGAAGGACCCCAAGCGAGGCAUGGUUGGAUACUCAAUUCUCACCCUACAGCACCUCUCUACAGCAUCUCACAACAAUGUUAUUUGGCCAAUUCAUGCUCUCCAAUAAGCUAUAUCAACUCAGCCCUACUGAGGAUAUUGAAUUGGCAAAGUCUUUGUUAAGGCCAUCAUCAUUUUUCCUAAAUGAUUUGUCAAAGGCCAAAAACUACUCAACUGAGGGAUAUGGAUCGGUUACCCGGGUGUAUGUCCUGUGCGAUGAAGAUAAAGCAAUAACUGAGGAAUUCCAGAACUGGAUGAUCACAAACUACCCAGCCCAAGAAGUGAUCAAGAUUGAAGGUGCAGAUCACAUGCCCAUGUUUUCAAAACCAAAAGAGCUGUGUCACUAUCUCUCAAUGAUUGCCCAGAAAUAUGCUUAACUCUACCAUGCGAUCUCUAUAAUCAAGAUUUGGUUUGACGGUAGUGGAAAGUUGUUUUCACCAAUAAUGUUAUUUAGUGCCGCCUAGCUAAUGUUUGGGAAAGACACUGAUGAAAUGUCUUUACUGUGUCAAUGUGUUGCUAUCUUUCCUUAGAUUAUGAUAUCUAAUGAUUCUAAUUA